AUGUCUCUAGGUCAUGGUUUAUUGGACAUUCCCAAGCUCUCUGGUGAAAAUUAUAGAAGUUGGAAUGAGGAUUUGGAGGUCUAUCUUUGCCUUAGGGACCUAGAUCUUUGUCUGAGAGAGCCCAAGCUUGCAGAUCUCACCCCAGCCAGUACUCAGGCUAAGAAGACUGAACAUGAGAAGUGGGAAACUGCAACUAGGAAAUGCAUAAAGGUUAUAAAGCAUGCUAUCCCAGAGAUAAUGAAAGAUAGCAUCACCAUGAAGGCAACUGCAACUGAGUACUUGGAGGCCAUUAGAGUAAAAUUUGAAUCUUCCAAGAAGGCUCAGUCAGGUGACUUGAUGAGCAAGCUGACCACUGCCAAAUUUGAUGGAAAUGGCAGUACUAGGGAACAUCUUCUGGGACUCGUCGCCUUAGGAAACAAGAUUAGAGAGCUGGAAAUAAACUUUGAUGACGACUUCCUAGUGACCAUUGCACUCAAUUCUCUCCCAGGGCAGUAUAAGCACCUUCAUGGCACCUACAAUGCCUUAAAGGAUAAAUGGAGUAUAGAUGAGUUGAUCACCAUAGUUGGGCAGGAAGAGGCAAGAAUGAACAGGGACAAGAUUGAAAGUGCCAAUCUCACACUGGGCAAGGGGUCCUCAUCUGGUGGACCUCAUAGGAAUCACAGGGGGUUUUCAAAGAAAGGUAGAUUUGCACCCUAUCAGACUGGGCAGGGCAAUAGAGGGCAACAGGGCAACAGAGACAACACAGGGCAGCAAGAUUCAAAUGGUGUUAAGUGUUUCUAG